GACUACUCGGACCCCAUCUGCAAUCUGCACCAGCACAAACCCCGUGCAUACAAUCGAACAGACAGAAAAUCAAGAAUAAACCGAUCGGCACUGCUACCAUGGGAAGCAGUGGAUCCAAGCACACAACAACGAAUACAACGAACACGAUGCCCAUUUCUCCCUCGCAGUUUUCCUUCUUCCAGACACUGACGGCGCGAUGCGACGAUAGCAACCCCCCACCGCCACCACCUCCCCCCGGAAGCGAUUCCGCCCCCCCACCGCCCCCUCCGUCUUCUGCCAACGAUGCCAACGACGAUUCCAUUGCCAAGGCCGCCGCCAUGGCCUCUCAGAUGAUGAAUCCCGGUCCUCUCGAACAGGCCCCGGCAGACAUGAAACGCCUGGUCCAGCUGGACACGCACGACGGCUUUCGGUGUGACAUCAACAAGCAGAUCUCGCCCUACCUGGCGGUCGUCCACUCUUUCUGGCUGGGAACCAACAUGCUUCCGGACGGGCAGAAACGAACCUACACGUGGAUGGCACAGGUUGCCGACGAAUCCUCCUUCUGUUUUUCCCGCCUUGACCCCUCCCAGUCCAGCGUUGACGGCCGAAUCAUCAAAACCCUGCUGGGGGGAAUCGCAACGGCAAAGCUGCAGCUCGGCCUCAGUGCCGAGGGCCAGGCCGACCAGUGCCUCUUGGAGGUCGACGUCAACGCCAUGUCUUGGAACGGAAACCUGAAGUACGGAAGCAUGGGCGGCGGGGCCGUCUACGGGUGCUCUUUUCACCAGGGGAUCACCCCAAACCUCAGCAUGGGAGGGGAUGGAAUGUUUGUCGCGGCAAACGGAAACAUGAUGAGCAACUACCUCCUCAAGUACUCCUUUGGCGCCAGCGGGGAAAGUACCAGUGCCAACGAGCCGCCCUCCUCUGCGGUCUGCCUGCAGUUUGCCCCGAGCGGACCGUCCCCAAUGCCCCUGACGCUUAACUACAAACGAACCGUGACGCCCAAGCGCGUCACGCUGGGAGCCGAGCUCUCCUGUGACCCCCUAUCGAUGCAGUCCCACUGUGUGCUUGGGGGAGAGUUUAAGUUCAGCCGCAGCAAGCUUCACGUAGCCGUCGACGGGAACCUCAAAAUGCAGAGCCUCCUGGAAACCCCGCUCGGGAAGGAACCCGGGCAGCCCCGGCUGUCCCUUUCGGCCGAGCUCGACCACCUCCGGGACGAGAUGAAGUUUGGCUACGGGCUGGCCAUUGACGGAUAAGUGAAGGAGUGCGGUUUGUUGCGUUCGCGUUUGUGUUUGCGUAGGAACGUACGGCACGAGGCAUCAACGACACCGAUACGGGCACAUAAUUGGGAGGAUGAAAGUGGAAUAUAAAAUACAGUAUUAUUG